AUGCGUUGCGGAACCGGUAUUGUGGCAGCCCUGCCUCUCUUUUUGAGCGCUGCCGUCUUGGCCGAUUCACCAGAUGAAGACUGCUCUUCCACAAUCACCAAGUCUCUUCCAGAGAUUACAUCAACAGUGACGGCUGCCACAGGUACUUGGCCCCUACUUAGCACCGCCAAACCGACUACUGAGAGCCCAGGGGGCGCUGGACAUUACGGCAAUGGCGAUAAAGGCCAGGCCGGAGCGCCCAUUUCUUCAGAAUCUGGCGGCGGCCAUGGCAGCCAAGGUGAGAAUGGGGAUCUCGGAGGUGACGAAUGUGAAGGCGGCCAGGAAAUCUCCAUGGGCGGUUCGGGUUCGAACUUGGCGCCCAGCAAUGAAGUUGGCAUCGGCAGCGGCUCUGCAUCUGCCUCCAGCGGCGGAGGUGCCAACUCGAGUUCUGGUAGCGAUGCCGGUACUGGCACUGCCCCUGGAACGAAUGAGAACUCUUUGCCCUCCCAUGGCUCUGGAAGUGGCGACGUCUCUGGGCCUGGCAAUAACCCUGAAUCCGGCGCUGGCAAUGUAUCUACUGGCGACUUGGGUUCUGGCCCAGGACAUAGUCAUGGAGCCAGCAGCGGCACCGGCUCUGAGUCUACUAAUGGCCCUGGAAGUGAAUCUGCCAGUGGCCCCGGUUCGAACUCAGCUCCCGGUAAUGGGGUUGACAUUGAGAUCGGCUCCGGCAACAGCUCAAAGCCCGGCUCCGGCUCCGGAUCCUCCGCUGGCGAGGAAUCCGGCGAUGCUUCGGGUUCAAACCUGGGCACGGGAAAUCGUGUUGACAGCGACAAGGGUCACGAAGCCGGAAACGGCUUUCAGCCCGGCGUAGGUUCUGGUUCUGAGGACCGUGGUGGCAUUAACGGCUCUGGCAAUGAAUACGGCAAUGGAGCCAGCACGGACAACAGCACGGCUCCGGGGUCUGACGACUCUGUUACUGUGGCCGACAACGGCAAAGAAGCUGCCAAUGGCAUUGGAUCUGGGCAAGUUAUGGGAACUGCCUCGGAAAAUAUCCAUGGAAGCGGCUCCGGAGACAAGGGACUCUCAAGCGGUCUAGGUCACGGGAGCAAUGAAGCUGCAAGUGAACAUGGAAGCGGGAAGGAAGGGGAAAACGGUGGAGGACACAUUCAUACUGAUGGAAGCAACAGCAGCGAGCCUGGAAGCGGGAGGGAAGGGGAAAACAGUGGAGGACACAUUUAUACUGAUGGAAGCAACAGCAGCGAACAUGGAAGCGGGAGGGAAGGGGAAAACAGUGGAGGACACAUUCAUACUGAUGGAAGCAACAGCAGCGAGCCUGGAACUGGCCAUGGUCAGUCCGGAGGUGAUUCUUCUGGCUCAUUCACGGGUCCGGGCUCCCCUUCUGGUGGUUCUUCAGGCUCUUCUGGCUCAGGCUCUUCUGUUUCUUCUUCUGGCUCUGGCUCUGGCUCUGGCUCUGGCUCUGGCUCCGGCUCUGGCUCUUCUUCUGGCACUUCUGGCUCUUCUUCUGGCACUUCCGGCUCUUCUUCUGGCACUUUCGGUCCUUCUUCCGGCUCUUCCGGCUCUUCCUCUGGCUCCGGCUCCGGUUCAACAGAUGGGGACUCGACUUCAAACCCUCCCGUCGUCACGGCUGGAGCACCAUCGAGCAGCUCAACAGCGACUGCUGCAUCACUUCUGGUGGCCUUGACAGGUUUCUUCUUCAUGUUCUAA